AUGUUCAUGCCACUGCUGCUUGUGGAGUAUCGAGGGGCAACUCCAGGUUCGAUCUUAAUCGGCCGUAGGCUGGGAGAUGACGCGGGCGAAAUUGCACCAGAGAAGGACGAAUCGGAAUGCGCCGAGAUAGAAGAAGCGCUCGAUGGAGAGUUGUUCUGA